UUCCAUACCUAUUUAUGGUAGUCUGAAGACUAAAAAACUUUCUUUCGUCUGCUCAAACAAAAUAUAUAUGUCUUCUGACCCCAUGAAGUCAACCUUGAAACUAGAAACGAUUCACUAACAGUUCGUUUGUAGCAAUCAAAACACAGAUUAAAAAAUGAAUAAUUUCAUGAAAUUAUUUGCUGUUUUCCUCGUGUUUAUCCAAGUAGCUUUCUCUCAAGCAAUUCAGUCUAAUCCGGUAUCGGUAUCUGUCGCUGAACAGCAACUCUGCAAAAAAACCCGUUAUCAAGCACUAUGCAUCUCUACUCUAAAUCUUGAUCCUAGAAGCAGAACCUCAGAUGUCCAAGAAUUCGCGUGGAUUGCUGUCGAUGCGACGACAAAGAAAGUCAAGGAGAUGCAACAAUAUCUUAUCUCCGUCCUAAGAAAAAUCAGUCUCCGUGAAGACUUUGAGAGAUACGGAACUUGCAUUGAGGAGUACGGUGCGGCCAUUGAUAGGUUUUUACCUGCGGUGGUGGCUGAUCUAAAGGCAAAAAAAUAUUCUGAAGCUAUGUCUGAAAUGAACGAGGUUGUGUCGAAGCCGGGUUAUUGUGAGGAUCAGUUCGCCAGGAAAUCGCCUUUAACCGGACGUAACAAAGCCGUCCAUGAUAUCGCUGAUAUGACUACCGAUAUUAUCAAAGCGAUAUCUACUAAUUAAAUUGUUUUAAA